CCUCAGGCACUGAGCAUUGGCAAGCUCCCCCCUCCAAUGUGUCCCUCUAUCCCCUCCCAGGCAUUGAGCACACUCCAGGGUCCGCUCUAUGGCCAGGCGCUUAGCGCUCUGCUCUAGGGAGUGGAAACAGAGGGGUUAAGUCACCUCUCCCCAAUCCCUGCUCAGCCCGGGAAAUUUAAACCCCUCAACGGUCGCCCUGCUGCUCCUAGCCAAUCAGGAGCCAGGACUGGGCUAUAAAUGGGUCACAAGAGAGGCUAGGCGUUUAUUGCUCUGUGGCAGGACUGGAGAAGGGCUGGUAGCGCGCUGCAGCGAGCAUGGCCCGUACCAAGCAGACGGCUCGUAAAUCCACCGGUGGCAAAGCGCCCCGCAAGCAGCUCGCCACUAAAGCUGCCCGGAAAAGCGCCCCCGCCACGGGCGGGGUGAAGAAGCCCCAUCGCUACCGCCCCGGCACCGUGGCGCUGCGGGAAAUCCGCCGCUACCAGAAAUCCACCGAGCUGCUGAUCCGCAAGCUGCCCUUCCAGCGCCUGGUGCGGGAGAUCGCCCAGGACUUCAAGACGGACUUGCGCUUCCAGAGCUCGGCCGUCAUGGCCUUGCAGGAGGCGAGCGAGGCUUAUCUGGUGGGGCUCUUCGAGGACACCAACCUGUGUUUUGUAGUCAUGUCAGGUCGCGGAAAGGGUGGUAAGGGGCUGGGGAAAGGCGGUGCUAAGAGACAUCGUAAAGUACUGCGGGAUAACAUCCAGGGCAUCACAAAACCGGCCAUCCGCCGACUGGCUCGCCGCGGCGGGGUGAAGCGCAUCUCGGGGCUGAUCUACGAGGAGACCCGCGGGGUGCUGAAGGUUUUCCUGGAGAACGUGAUCCGCGACGCGGUGACUUACACCGAGCACGCCAAGCGGAAGACGGUAACGGCCAUGGAUGUGGUGUACGCCCUGAAGCGCCAGGGGCGCACCCUGUACGGCUUCGGAGGCUGAUGGAUUUUUUUAAAGCGUGACUUGCAUUUUGUUCAACCCAAAGGCUCUUUUAAGGGCCACC